AUGGUUGAGAGUCAUUGUUCAAUGUUAUUGAAAUGGAUUUAUAGAGGUUUAUUAUUCGUUAUUUUAAUCAAUAUAAUUGUAAUUCCAAUAUAUGGUGGAAUUUUAUCAUUUUGUUCAGAACCUGAAACAGUAUGUACAGUAUUUCGUCCAUGCUGUGGAAGAGAUUGGGUAUGUAAUCGUAAAAGUUCUGCCACUGGCAAAUGUGUUCAAUGUGCACAAGCUAAUAGUCCAUGUAUUCAUGCAAAUGAUUGUUGUCGAGGUGCAUGUAUAAAAGGUUCAUGCAAAUUGAUGAGUUUCUUUGGUGAGGAGUGAAAAAAAAACACAGUUGAUUACAGAUUAGAUUUAUUUCUUCAAAAUAUCAUAUUUAUGGAUAAUAAUAAAAAAAUACAUUUCUAUAUACAUAGUACUUUGUUUUACUUUAUCAAUCUUCAGUAAAAUGAUUUGAUGAUAUAAACUAUUCUAAAAUUCAAUUGUAUCCAACUACAAUUCAUUAUCACUUACAAUAUUUAAUCAUAAACAGUCAAUUUGAUAUAAUUUAACCAGAAUAUUAAAUCAGUCAUUUCAUUACAGUGAUACCGUUUUUUCGGGUAGUGCUUUCUAGGAUAGCAACGUUCAACAUUCAAAAUUUAGAAACGUGUAAGAAAUGUAACCAUUGAAAGUUUAAUAUAUUCUUUACUAACAUUAUCUAAUUCAAUGUGAUUUGGUUCUUAUUUUAAAUUGACUUAUUAAAUAGUCAUCGUUUAUAGCUAAAUUUAUUGUCAUUCUGUUGAAAAUAUAGUUAUCAGUAUAGAGUUGUGGAGAUUACUAAGUUUUUGAUUGAGAUCAUGAAUCGAUU